AUGGUCGGGCAAACGAGGAGUAAGCUCAAAGAAGCGGCUCCAGAGCCCAGUCAGUCUUCCCGAGCCAUGCAGUCCAAGCGGCGGCGCCGGGCCACUGGAGCCGGGGAGCCGGAGAUGGAGGAGGAGCCGCAGAAGGAGGCGGAAAAGCCGGAGCUGCCGCUACAGCCUCCGCCCGUAGGGCGCGGGAACCUGCCUGGGGGAGCACGGGACUACUCUCCGCGGAGGAUGCGAAAUCUGAACGCGCAAAAUUGCUUGCAACUGGAGGUGGUCGCCAGGACUCUUUUUCUUGGCCGCUUCCAGUUCCUCCACUUUCUUCUAGAGCAGCUCCGCGAAAAGGUGCACGUCUUGCAGAUGCGCCGUUUUUCCAGCAGGACCACUUUCGGCAUAGCUGCCUUUGUGGGAAUUUUGCACUGGAUACAUUUAAUAACACUUUUUGAAAAUGAUCGCCAUUUUUCCCACCUCUCAUCUUUGGAACGGGAGAUGACUUUUCGCACUGAAAUGGGGCUUUAUUAUUCCUACUUCAAGACCAUUAUUGAAGCACCUUCAUUUUUGCAAGGACUAUGGAUGAUUAUGAAUGACAGGCUCACUGAAUAUCCCCUUGUAAUCAAUACAGUUAAACGCUUCCAUCUUUAUCCAGAGGUAAUCAUAGCCUUCUGGUAUCGCAUACUCAUGGGAAUAAUGAAUUUAUUUGGGCUAGAAACUAAGACCUGCUGGAAUGUCACCAGAAUAGAACCUCUUAAUGAAGUACAAAGCUGUGAAGGAUUGGGCGACCCUGCUUGCUUUUAUGUUGGUGUGAUUUUUAUUUUAAAUGGACUAAUGAUGGGCUUGUUCUUCAUAUAUGGUACACACCUGAGUGGGACACAACUGGGAGGUCUGAUUACAGUACUGUGCUACUUUUUCAACCACGGCGAGGCCACUCGUGUGAUGUGGACGCCACCUCUCCGUGAAAGUUUUUCAUAUCCAUUCCUUGUACUUCAGAUGUAUGUUUUAACUUUGAUCCUCAGGAACGCAAACAAUUAUGGAAGGAAUUACAUUGCACUCUGUCUUUCCAAUGUUGCUUUUAUGCUUCCCUGGCAGUUUGCUCAGUUUAUACUUUUUACACAGAUAGCCUCAUUAUUUCCCAUGUAUAUUGUGGGAUACAUUGAACCAAGCAAGUUUCAGAAGAUCAUUUAUAUGAACAUGGCUUCAGUUCUCCUUUGUUUUAUUUUGAUGUUUGGAAAUCCAAUGUACUUAUCUUCUUAUUAUUCUUCAUCUUUGUUAAUGACGUGGGUGAUAAUUCUAAAGAGAAAUAAAAUUCAUAAGAUGGGAUUAUCUGAACUCAACUUUUGGCUAAUUCAAGGUAGUGCUUGGUGGUGUGGAACAAUCAUUUUGAAAUAUCUGACAUCUAAAAUCUUAGGUGUUUCAGACCAUAUUCGCCUCAGUGAUCUUAUUGCGGCUAGAAUCUUAAGGUAUACAGAUUUUGAUACCUUAAUAUACACCUGUGCUCCUGAAUUUGACUUCAUGGAGAAAGCGACUCCACUGAGAUACACAAAGACGUUAUUGCUUCCAGUUGUUAUGGUGAUUACUUAUGUUAUCUUUAAAAAGAUUGUUCGUGAUGUUUUAUGUGUCUUAUCUACAAACACUUAUCUAAGAAAACAGCUCCUUGAACAUGGUGAGCUGGCUUUUCACACAUUGCAGUUGUUAGCAUUUACUGCUCUUGCCAUUUUAAUUAUGAGGCUGAAGAUGUUUUUGACACCACAUAUGUGCAUUAUGGCUUCCCUAAUUUGUUCUCAACGGCUCUUUGGCUGGCUUUAUUGCAGAGUUCGUUUUGAGAAUGUUAUCUUUGGCAUCCUAACUGUAAUGUCAAUACAAGGCUGUACAAAUCUCCAUAGUCAAUGGAACAUAAUAGGAGAAUUUAAUAAUUUGCCUCAGGAAGAACUUAUACAAUGGAUUAGAUACAAUACUAGAUCAGAUGCUGUUUUCGCAGGUGCCAUGCCUACAAUGGCAAGUAUCAAGCUGUCUACACUUCAUCCCAUUGUGAAUCACCCACAUUACGAGGAUGCAGACUUGAGGGCCCGGACAAAAAUAGUUUAUUCUAUAUAUAGCCGAAAGUCCGCACAAGAAGUAAGAGAUAAAUUGGUGGAGUUACAUGUGAAUUAUUAUGUUUUAGAAGAGGCAUGGUGUGUUGUAAGAACCAAGCCUGGUUGCAGUAUGCUUGAAAUCUGGGAUGUGGAAGACCCGUCCAAUGCAGCUAACCCUCCCUUAUGUAGCAUCUUGCUCAAGGAUGCAAGGCCUCAUUUCACCACAGUAUUUCAGAAUAGUAUGUACAGAGUGUUGAAGGUUAAUUGAGAUUGAGACUAUCAAUUAUAUGGUGGUGCAAUGAAGUGUGUCAAAACAAUCACAUUUUGGCUUAUUUACAGUAAUAAAAAUCACAAGCUUUAAUAAGGGAUGCUUAAAAAUAAGAAAAUAAAAAUGAUUUAAAGGUUUUCCAAUUACUAAAGGUAGAUUACUUGUUUUUUAUUGACCGUCAGCCUUAGAAAACUUAUUAAAUCAUUCCAUACUGCAUAAA